AUGAGCGGCAUGAGCAGCAGCAGCAAAAACACCAGCAACAGCAGCAGCAACAACAGCAGCAGCAGCAACAGCGACGAAGGGGAGGAGGCGCUACUCUUAAGCAGCAGCCGCGGCGUUAGCAGCGAAAGCACAUACAGCAACGGAAGCGGCAGCAGCAGCAAGAGCAGCUGUAACAGCAACGGCAAACACGGUUGCAGCAACGGUAGCACCAGCAGGAACAGCAGCAGUAUCAGCAACAUUAGCAGCAGCAGGAACAGCAGCCCCGACAGCAGUAACAGCAGCAAUAAGUAUUCGAACAGCAGCAACGAGGGAGAAGAAGAGGUUCUUGCCGCCACGCCGUUCAGCAGCAGCAGCAGGAGCAGCAGCAAGAGCAGCAGCAGGAGCAGCAGCAAGAGCAGCAGGAGCAACGGUAGCGAUGGUAGCAGCAGCACCAGCCAACAUUCCGACGCUUCAUUAGUGGAGCUGCAGCAGCAGCAGCAACUACAAAUCCUACGAGGACGUGGAAGCAGUUGGCGGGAAGCGGGGGGCAGCAGCAGGAGCAGCAGAAGAAGCAGCGCCAGGAUAUUCAGGAGCAGAAGUAGCGAGAUGAGCAGCAGCCCCACCAGCAGCAGCACGAGCAGGAGCAACAGCAGCAGGAGAGGGAGCCCGGAUAGGCCUGUCUCCGCUGCAGCUGCAGCAGAUGUGUGGCUGCGCUGUAUGCCAGACUCUGUGGCUGUAUCUGCUAGAGCAGCAGCAGCAGCUGCUGCAGCAGGUAAUGGGAGUUCCCAGCAGCAAAACCUCCUGCUGCAGCGCGUACCUUUCGAUGACCUGCAGCAAACAUUUGCCCGUAGUCGUUGCAGGGCCAGCGGAAAACGCUGCUGCUGCUGUUGUUGCUGCCCCUCCUGCUCUUUGCGACAAGCCCUCCCGCUGCUGAGGCCCCAGUCUGCUGCAGCAGCAGCAGAAGCUGGUGCUGGUGCUGCUGCUGUGGCAUCCGCUACAGCCCCAAGCCGCCAGCCCUCCAGCGACAGCGGCAGGAGUAGUAGUAACUGCUGCAGCAGCAGCAACAACAGCAGCAGCAACAGCAGCAGCAACAUCAGCAGCAGCAGCAGCAGCAGCAAAUGGAGCGACAACAGGCAAGUGACUGAGACAGUGCGGGGGUGUCGUUGUUGCUGCGGAUCUUGCUGCUGCCUGCGCAGCAACAGCAGCAGCAGCAGCGGUGGCAGCAACAACAUCGAGUUCUCACGUGGCUGCCUUGAGGACCAGCUGCUUGCAGCAGGCAUUUCGGGCGUGUGGUCGCAGCCCAGCAGCAGCAGCAGCAGCAGUAGCAGCAGCAGCAGCGGCGGCAGAGGCGUUUUGGAUGGCGGUUCUCCUUACGUAGUGCAGCAGUUGUCUGCUGUGCACAUGGGCCUGCCGCUGCAGCAGCAGCAGCACAUGCAGGAAGCACUAGCAGCAGCAUUAGCAACACGGUUUCGAGAGGACCCUCGGCUAGAGGCACGGGCUUUAUUAGAGUUGGGGGCUGCUGCGCAUGCAUUGCCUACGUUUGACUUAUAUCUUGACUAUAGCAAGCCUGGAAGCCUGCAGCAGCACCCGUUGCUGCAGCCAGCGUUGCUGCUGCUGCAGCGGCUUCCUUGCUUCGCCUUGCCGCUGUACGAUCAGCUGCUGCUGCAGCACGUAUGUGAGGAUGCUGCGCUGUAUCCACGGCUGCAGGGCCUUGAGGUGCCUUUUCGUCUUCUUAUUCAUGAUAUUCUUUUUCUUGCUGCUUAUUCUUAUCUCGCUGAUCUCCCCCCUUGGAAUAGACCCCCCCUGCGUCUCCUCCGGAUAUCUGGCUUCCUGCUACUCAACGCACACCUCCAGCAGCAGCAGCAGCAGCAGCAAGGGGAGGGGAGGGGCGGGGAGGGAGAAGACGGGGAGUUGGAAGAGCUCUCAGAAGAAUGGCCAGCGACACCUACCGCAGCAGCAGCAGCAGCAGCAGCAGGAGAUGUGGAUGCUCUUGACUUAGAAGGCGCGAGCCCUGAAGCAAUGGAGGCGUUUCACUUGCAGGGUUUGCUGCUGUUUAAUUUGCAGACAAUUAUCUCAGAUUUUCAUUUAACUCUAAGUACAAUUGAAGUAUUAUGCUCAUCUGGUAUUACUCUACAAGAAAACCCUUUCGCUGCAUUUUACCCCCUUACUGUCUUCCUGCAGCAGCAUGGCUUUGUCCUCCAGAGCUUCAAGUACAAACAAGGCAGCAACAUACAUUCCGUCAACUGCAGCAACAACAACAACAGCAGCAGCAGCAGCAGCAGCGUGCAGCUCACUGCAGCCACGCUGCAGGCGGUUGAAAGGGAACGGGAGGAAACUCAGCAGCAUCAACUCACCAGCAGUAGCAGCAGCAGCAGCAGCAGCAGUGCUAUAGAUGCCUUUAUUGACGCGUGCAGGAAGAAGCAAGGCCUGUCUACAAACAGAGUGCAGCAGAUGUUGCAGCAGCAGACGCGUCUCGAUUGCCAGCGAGGCGGUGCGGCGUCGUCUGUCGCUGCUGCAGCUGCAGCAGCAACAGUUGUUGCUGCUGCUGCUGCUGCUGCUAGCGAUGGGGGCUCUCCCUGUUCCUGUUGCAGCUGCAAGAUAGGGGGCCCUCAAGCCAGCGAUGCACGAACAGAGGCGUUUGCUGCUGCUGCUGCAGCGGCAGCAGCAGCAGAAGAGGAAGAUGAGCUUUCAGAUGAGGAGAGCGACGAUGCAGACGGGAUAUUACGGAGUCACACCCUACCGCCAGAUGCAUACUCAGAGAGUGCAGCCAGAGAACAAGGAAUUGGGGGGAAGCUGGCUGCGGCUUUCAACUCUUUAUUGAGAGCCCUAAACGAUGACGACAGAAAAAAGAAGCAGCAAAAGCGUGAGGGCUCCUCUCGGGUGUAUAUACACUCCUUGUUGUAUGUGCGCGCUGGGCACGAGUCUAAUGAGGCAGCAGCAGAAAUGGCAGCAGCAGCAGCUGCUGCUGCUGCUGCAGCAGAAGCAGAAGCCAACGAACGCAGACAAAGGCGGCAGCAGCACGAGCAGAGACUGCAGCAGCAGCAGCAGCAGCAGCAGCAAGCAGCAGACGAUGGAGGGCUUCUAUCGUUGCUCGUAGGAGACUUCGAGGGACCUGAAGAUUCUCUGUUUGCCCUGGUGGAGGAUUUGUACUAA